AUGGCAUCUACCCGAAAUCCUUACCUUAAUAAAGAAGAUUCGUCUAUGAAUUCAUCUAGCAAUUCAUCUAAUAUUCUGAAAGAAACUUCGGAAGAAAUUCCAGAAGAAAUUCUAUAUAAUGCAGCUGCCCAAAAAAGAAUUAUAAAACUGAUUCAAAAUGCAAAUAAGGAAUUAGAUGAAAUAAAAAAAUGGUGA